AUGGCCGUGCCGUCUUUCCCAGCCAGCCCACCGGCACUCCCGCCCGGAAAAGACAAGCACCACAUCGUGGUCCUUGAAGGAAUUCACGCGAAGAUGCCGUCCUUCGACUUCCCGCACACGAUCGACGUAUGGCCGCUCACACAGCCGUCCGAAGUCGCCGAACGCAUCAAAGACGCAACAAUAGUCAUCGCGUGCGUCACGCCCGUGACGCCGAAGGAGAUGGAUGCGGCGCCGCAUCUCGGCAUUUUGGCCGUCAUGGCCGUGGGCAUCAGCUGGGUCGACAAAGAAGAUUGCGCGAAGCGUGGCGUCACGGUGACCAAGUGUCCCGCAGGAAAUGUCGAUGCCGUGGGCGAGCAUUUCCUGGCCUUGUACUUUGACUCCCGCAAGCGGAUCGUGCAGGUGCAUAAUGCCGUGACGGGGAGUAGUGAGUGGGUUGAUAAGGGUACACUCACGAAAUUCUGGCCUUCGGGCCCGCCAUUGGGUUGUAGCCAGGAGACGCUGGCGGUCCUGGGGUAUGGGACGCUCGGAACGCGGAUCGCUAAGUUGGCCAAGGCUGUUGGAUUCAAGGAGGUCUUGAUCAGCGAGCGCAAGAAUGGUACUGGUGUCCGAGAGGGGCGUGUGAGUUUUGACGAAGCGUUGGAACGCGCGACAGUCAUCUGUGUCAGUCUGCCCAAGGACCACGAUACGGUUGAUCUCAUCUCGGAAAAAGAGUUACGACAGAUGAGGCCCGAUGCAUUGAUCAUCAAUGUUGCGCGUGGUGGGAUUGUGAAUGAAGCGGCAUUGGCUCGGGCUCUGAGAGAAGGUUGGAUUUCUGGUGCCGCCACUGAUGUGCUAGAAACGGAGCCGGGUGGUCCUGGCACGAGUCCGUUGCUUCCAGAUCUCACUAAGGGCGAGCCCGAGGUGCCCCAUCUCACUGUCACCAGCCAUAUCGCUUGGUUCUCUCAAAGCACGAUUGUGAACUAUCAGAGGCUGCUGAAGGAGGGGGUAGAGGGCUGGGCAGCGGGGACAUUGCAGAAGAGUGAAAAUGAAGCUCAUGUCGCGGUCGUGGUGCAUAAUGGUAAGAUCUGGAAUUGA